AUGUCAACACUCUCAACGUUCCUCAUUCUCGAUCUUGUCUGUCUUCUCUCUCUACUCUUUCACUGUCACUCUCGCGAAGCCACUGAUUCGAAGCUUCAAAACGGCGCCGUUAAUGUCAGUGAAUUGAGAUCCAAGGAAAGCAGCUUCGCUGAUAUGUUCGAUCGAGCGUUGAAUAAGGAAUUCAACGAUACCAAUGAACAGUCCGAAGCUACUGAUCCUGGGAGCUUCAACAACAGUGUCGCCGGACAACAGGUUUUCACUCCCGGGCCCAAAAUUCAAUUUUUUUUAUUAGAUAAAACUUGUGCAGUAGCCUAUGAAAUUUUGACACAUGGAACCAUAGGCGGAUAUGUGGCAAGUCUAAGGAGGGGCCACGAACUGAUGUGGAGGGACAGGCCCACCCUCGCGUGGCAAUGGCCACGGAAAGUGACCAAUAACCACAGUAAGUGGUCAACACCACAGAGGGGCGAGGAGGCGCAUACUGAUGUGGUGGGACAGGCCCACCCUCGCGUGGCAAUGGUCACGGGCAAGACUGACAUUGCGAGGGUUUAG